GAGAAAAGUAACAGGUUGCACACAGUCUGAUAUUUGUCACGUUUCAUUGCGAACGUUGUUCUAACAAAUCCAUCGAAUAUAUUCAACGUUGAUAGCUACUGUUACAUGACAAUUUCAGUUAUGUAGACGAUAAAAGAAAAGGUGAACACUGUUCGGAUUUUUUAGUGAUAUAUUUUCUUCAUAUGCUAUACGACAACAAAAGUUAUUAAAUUGGCGUGCAUAAAAUAUGGCUCAACUCCCGCCGCGGAAGAACCUGACACCAACUAGAAUUUCGAAGCAGCACUUAUCGCCGUUGCAGACGUUAUUGCAAAUGGGGUUUACCAAGCACAGAGCUGAAAAGGCAUUGGCAGCAACUGGUAACCGAGGGGUGCAAAUCGCAUCCGACUGGUUGCUUGCGCAUGUAAAUGAUUCAACUUUGGAUGAGAACUGCCCGCGGGAAUAUAUUCUGUACGCUUGUCCUACUGGCUCAUUUUUACAUCAGCUGGAGGAAUUCUGGAACAAAUCACGAAGAGUUUGUGGUUGGAACGGAGCUCACAAUUAUGUGCCACAUAUUACAUUGGUUUCAUUUUUCAAGGCCCCUGAUGAAAGUUCUUUACAAUUAUCUAAAGCUCUGAAACAAGUAGUUGAUAUGAGUGGACCACUUCUAGAUCGUCCAUUGAAACUAGAGCCUUAUUUGAGUCAAAAUUUUAUGGGCUUUUUUGUAGCUGAAGAUGACGCAAACUAUUUGAAACGGUUAUCACUACAAUAUGUGAAGGAGGUGUCCAAUUCAAUCAUAAGCGAUACAUAUGAGCAGCUUGAUGCAAUAGUGGCUUGCUUCCCAUGGUGCGGUGCUGUUUCGUCUGGUACACGUUGUAUACCGCGUAGUAGUCGAUCUAUAUCUUUGGAGCCGCAUGUAAAAUCACUACAUCUUACCUUAGCAUAUCAGUUUCCGCAGAAUCAGUUUAAUUCACUUAAAACCUUAGUGGAAUCACUCGAUGCAACUUGUGCCUCAAAUUGGGAGCUGCGUCUGUAUUCGCGCGACCCACGACUAACCACCAAACAAGUGCACAAAGUGGUGUAUCCUCAUAGCCCCCAUGAAAUUGAUGAACUGGAGUUGCGCAUCGGCGAUUAUAUUUAUUUGAGUACGGAUGCUGUAGAAAAUUCCUGCGAUGGAUGGGCUGAGGGUAUUUCAUGGCUAACAGGAAGUGUUGGUCAUUUGCCUGUGAAUUACAUUGAACGUACCACUGAAUCAGAUGCUUGGACACUUCACCGCGUUGUGCAGUUAUCUAAAUCAACGACACCAUCUUUGAUAUCGGCUGAAGAAAUUGACAUUGUGGAUGGUCGUAUCAUUUCUAUUGAUCAUGACGAACAGGAUAAGGGUUUACAUCAUCAAAAUGUGAUAGUUGGCUUGUCACAUGAAUUAAUAGAGGGUACUUCUUUUAAUGAGGAAUCCGAGAACAGUGUGGAAAAUUACUUACGUAAAACUUUACAACCUUGUUUAGAUUUGCCAAUUGUACAGAGUAAUCACAAUUUAAUGCAAAAUAGUAGUCAGCUGACAAAGUCACAGCCGAUAAAUCAUCAGCCGCAAUGUAUCUUAAUACAAGAAAAACCAAGCUUAGAAAUUAGUUCACCACACGCAAUGGAAGUAGCCAAGAGGCGAAGAGACAUGGAGAUAAUGGUGGAGCCGAUUAGCAUUUCAACACCACAUGCAGAUGACACUCUUAGUAUAAAUUCUGAGCGUUCAAAUGAAGGUACAAGCCUAGAGGUAUCAACGAACAAGAGUCGUAGAUUAUAUAUAAUGCGACAUGGUGAACGUGUUGAUUUUACCUUCGGCACAUGGAUACCUUAUUGUUUUGAUGAAUUUAACAAUUAUGUGCGUAAGGACUUAAAUAUGCCCCGUAAACUACCACGCAGGCAAAGAUGUCCAGAUGGUUGGCAAAAUGACUCACCACUUACAAACAUAGGACUUUAUCAAGCGAAAUUGACGGGCGAAGCAUUACUUGACUGUAAUGCUCGCAUCGACCAUGUUUAUUGCUCUCCAGCCUAUCGCUGUGUUCAAACAUGUAUAAGUACAUUAGAAGGUUUACAUUCGCGUAACAAAUUUAAAAUUAAAUUGGAACCUGGCUUGUUUGAAUGGAUGGCCUGGUAUCCGGACGGUGUGCCAGAUUGGAUGAGUAGAUCGGAGUUGCUGGAGGCUGAUUACAACAUAGAUACAAGUUAUCAUCCUUUCAUCUCUGCCAAUAAAUUGAAUGAGUGUGUCAAAGAAACUACAGAAGAAUUUUAUACGCGUAACUUUGAAACUGUACGAAAAAUCAUUGAAACUACAAAGGGAAACAUUUUAAUAGUGGCGCAUGCAACUACCCUUGACACGUGUACGCGUCAAUUAAUUGGUGCGGGACCACGUUCAACAAAUGAAUUGCGACAAGUGAUACAUAAAAUACCAUACUGUAGUUUAGGCGCUGUCGAGGAGAUGGAUACAGGUGACUGGAAGUUGGUUGAACCGGAAUGUUUACCUGUGACACAUUCGAAAAAUCCUCGAUUUGAAUGGAAUGUACUCACUGCCACAUAGUGUACGUGCUUUGAGGAAUUGCUGGUAGCUACAAAUUGUAUGGAAUAACUAAUAUAAAUAAUUAUGAGUUCAAAAACAUAGUUAUUAUUAUAUUAUAUGAUAGCUAUUAUAAUUAUUUUAAGUAAAAAUUGAAAAAUUAUUAUUAUUAGUAUUCAUAGUAUAAUCAGCGCAUUUAAUAUUCGAUGGGACUAACAAACCCAUUGUAAAUUGUAUAAGUAACAAGGAUCGCAUAAGUAUGUUUGGAUGUAGCCGAACAUUAUAUACUCUCGCAAUUCGUAAAAGUUCAUGACCUGAAAUUAUUUUCAAGUGUCAACUAAUCUUUAGAAUACAACAUGUUACAUAUGAAUGGACCAGUUUCUCCAAUUUUGUCGCAUGAUUUGUUACUUUGUUAUAGCACAUUGAAUGUUUUCGAUCACUGCUAUUUAGUUGGCCGUGGAAAUGGCCAAUUCCAACCACCUCACAGUGCAUUUGCAAUUUUUAUUAAAGUUAUCGAUUGUACGUGCACACUGACGCAUGGACAGAUGACAUUCAAAAUUAAUUUGCCUUGUCAUCCUGAUCAUUUGGUAUACAUAACUCUUUCUCUUUUCAAUUAGAUUUAGGUGUUGCCAACAACCAAUAGGUUAACACUGGACACUAUGCAAUAGGUUGCGAGCGUAUAAUUAAAACUUAUCAUAAUUAAUAUUACUUUAUUAUAAUUCGUUAUUUAUUAUCCUGCAUUAAUAUACAUUGAAACAGAAUCAAAAAUUUUCAUAUCACCACGUGUCGAUGAAUUAAAAUAAUUGCAAUCAAGUUCGAACAAAGGGAAUAUCUGCAAUUAUGAUUGUUUAAUGUAUAUAAAUUCAUUAAAAGAGAAAAUUUCAUUACCUAUGUUUGAAACCUAUCUAAUAAAAAAUUCGGAAAACAAACUUCUAUUAGAUCAUAUACAUAUAUACAAAGGUUACAAAUAAACGAGUUAAGACAUCAGC